AUGGUUCCUUGUCGAGGUGUAUCUUGCUCAACCUUUGCAUGCGAAACGGUGAAAAUCCACGGGCUGCUUGCCUUGCCGACAUCAUGGCUCAAGCCCAGAAGUCUCUGUAUUCCUGUCUAUCUUCACUGUCCACAGCAUGAUGAUGACGGACGACCAGAUUUUCCUUCAUCUGGACAAAUUAGUUGCGUCAAUGCUCUCACCCGUCCUGCUCGACCGGCAGUUUUUGAUCAUGAACUGCGACGAAGAUUCCGACGACGAUGGCGGCUGAGGCUGAAGUGCAACAACAGCAACCGGGCAAUGCGGGCCUGUCUGCGGCGGGCCUCUGGGAAGUCCAAGGCUUGCCCGCACCCCACAGAUCUUGCACCUCCACGAGGCGGCAUGUCAAAGUUGCAGGCCUUGGCAUCGAGAGGCAAGAGCAAAGCGGUUCUCGAGGUCUUGGCUGCCAUGCAGGGAGUCUCUCUUUUUCAUGUCAAUGCCAGCAUGACGGCAUUUGGCAAAGCCAUGCACUGGCAGGCUUGCAUGGAGCUCUUCUUCUCCCUGCCGGAGCUGAAAGCCACCCCCGACGUCGUUACCUACAGUGCCGCCAUUUCCGCGUGCCAGAAGGGUGGACAAUGGCAACUGCCUCUGGAGCUCUUCGAGAGGGCCCAACAGACCAUCAGUCCAGACGUCGUUCUCUUCGGCGCGGUGCUGGGUGCGUGUGAAGUCGGCGCUCAGUGGCAAUCAACAAUACGGCUGUUGCAAGCCAUGCAGACAACUCGCAUCAGCCCAAACAACAUUAAUUACAAGGCUGCCAUUGGGGCCUGCGGCCGUGCUGAAAACUGGCAAGUGGCGGUGCAUCUCUUCCGGGAAAUGCCCGGGGCUGCCAUGAAUCCGAAUGUAAUCAUUUACAACACCACCAUCACGGCUGCUGAGAAGGCUGGGGUGUGGCCAUUGGCACUGGCACUUUUCCAUGAGAUCAAUGCCGUCCACCUGCAGCCUAACAUCAUCAGCUACAGCGCCACAAUCAGUGCCCUUGCGAGGCCUGGCCACUGGCAGCUCGCCCUGCACUUUUCCGCGGACCUGAAGCGUGCACAGCUGUCUCCCAACGUGUACAGUUAUGCUGCCGCCAUCAACGCUUGCGAGAAGGGCGCAGAGUGGCAGUUAGCACUGGCUCUGCUAGGCGAGGCGGAAAAUGUCGCACCCAGCACGGUGGCGUACAAUGCGGCUAUCUCCGCUUGCGCCAAGGCUGGGCAUUGGCAACAUGGGCUGGCUCUGUUUACUCGCAUGGUGCAGGCUCAGCUGGACAGGGACGUUUACAGCUACAAUGCGGCCAUCAGUGCGUGUGAGCGUGCAGGAAGCUCCGAAAUGGCAGUGACCCUGCUCGAGUCCAUGGCAUCUGAGACGAUCACGCCCACGGCAAUCAGCUACAACGCAACGAUGAGUGCCUGCGAGAAGGACUCCAAUUGGCAGCAAGCACUGGCCUUGUUCUUCGGCUUGUUCGACCUACUGCCGCCCAUCGCCCCUACAAUCGUGAGCUACGGCUCUGCAAUCUCUGCAUGUGCAAGCGGUGCGCACUGGCCUUUGGCACUGCAUCUGCUCGCGGCCAUGCCUCCAGCCCAUCUCCAGCCCAGCACAAUUUGCUAUACAGCUGCCAUGAGUGCUUGCGAGCUUGGAGAUCAGUGGAAACUGUCGCUUGCUUUGUUCGACCAAAUGGAGUGCUCUGGUGUCGAUGUGGACCUUUGCAGCUACAAUGCAGUGGCCAGUUCCUGUGGCACAGGCGGUCAGUGGCAGAUGGUAUGCCAGAUUUUCGAUCAGAUCUGCGAAGCCAACUUUUCUCCAGAUGUUUAUACGUACAAUGCAGCCAUAGGUGCAUGCACACGAAGCGGGGAGUGGCAGCUGGCCCUGCACUUCUUUGCUCGCAGCACGGACCUGAACUCAGCCAGCAUGAAUGCUGUGCUCGCUGCAGGGGAACGAGAUGGCAUGAGAAGAUUCGAGAAGCACCAGAUUUACCCUAGGCUGCUGGCAAAGGCAGUGGACAUUCUGGAUCUCCACGAUUGUAACUCUGAGGCGGCGACGCUGGCAGUUCGAUGGUGGCUCUCCCAGGUGGUUCUUCCUAUUCUCUUAAAAUACGGAGACCGCAAGUUCAUCCUCGUCACGGGCUGGGGGAAGUCCAAACCAGCUCGGAAAGGCACUGGCAGCGACGUGCAGGAAGCUGUACUCUCGCUGCUACUCUCUUGCGGUUUGCCAGCCAAGGUCCAGGACCACAACAAAGGUCGGCUGGAAGUGCCAGACAAGGGGCCGGACAGGCAGGGGGAAUUUUGCUGCACCAUUGGCCCAGCGGCACGGCAACUGCGAGAGGCCGUGCUUGAGGCAGUACAGAAGGACUUUGAAAGCAGGAUGGAGAGGUACAGAGACGAGGUGCAGUAUCUUCGCCAAAAGUGCGAUGAGAAGGAGAAGCGGUGCGAGCAGCUCAUGGCAGAGAAGGGCGCACUUUCUGUGGCACCCACAGCUAGCACAGUUUUGAUUGUGCAGCCACAGCAGUCCUCACCUGAGAACGACUGUUUGCCAUCAAGCAUACACGGCGCGGAUGGUGGUUCUUCCGACACGCCCUUGUUGGACAGACCAGAGGGGGCGAAGGAGCCCCAAGUCUUCCUGCAAAUUCGAGAAUUUUUUCUGACAGAGGUGGGCUACCCGAAUGUUGGGAAGUCCUCCCUCUUCAAUGCUUUUGCGGGUCAGCUUCCUGGAAGUUGUCUUAUCUUGCGCGGAGCUGUGAAAAUUGGAGCCGACCUUCACACCGGAGAUCUCUCGCUAGGUGCUGCAGUUGCUGCAGCAGAGAACUUCCCGUUCUGCACCAUCGAGCCCAACAUCGUCAAGGUGGGUGUGCCGGACUCUCGACUGGAUAGCUUGGCGGAGCUGUUUUCGUCUCAGCGAACGGUUCCUGGCCAAGUGGAAAUUCGAGACAUUGCUGGCCUGAUCAAGGGUGCCAGCACUGGAGCGGGCAUGGGCAACGCCUUCCUGAGCCAGAUCCGCGGCGUGCAGGUGGUGUUCCAUGUGGUUCGCUGCUUCAGCGACCAGAAGGUUGUGCACGUUGAGGACCCCAUCAACAUCGACCCAGUCAAGGAGUACGAGUCUAUCCUCGAGGAGCUGGUAAUUGCAGACCUCGAGUACGCUUCCAAAAGGCUCCCGGCUUUGCGGAAGAAGGCCACGACGGCGCCAUCAGCUGGAUCGGAUCCAGCAAAGAUGCUGGCUAUCUACGAGGAGAUCUUGAAGUGCCUCGAAGAUGGCAAGCCAGCGCGUUAUGCCCUCGCACGUCAGGACGAAGACUGCUUGUCGCCCAGUGACGACUUCCUCGCGCAGCUGAUCACCGCGAAGCCAGUGGUAGUCCUGGCCAACGUUGCCGCGGAGGACGCCGCAAGUGGCAACGAGUUCACGGCCCGCUUGGCGGAGCAUGUGCAGACUGAUGCCCAGGCACUGGGCGGGCUAGCGAGCCGAUUCAUCAUUGUGUCUGCCCAACUAGAAGCAGAAGUUGCCGCGUUGGAUGACAAGGACUUUCAGGCAGAGUACUUGGAGUCCUUCGGGCUCGACACCAACUCGCCCAGGGCUCUGAGCCGAGUCCUCGCCGAGAGUCAGAGCCUUCUGAAGCUGAUCUCCUUCCUCACCGUCGGCGAGAUGGAGGUGCGAGCGAAAGAGAUGCCUUGUGCAUUGGACGAGCAGGUCCAGAUGCUACCCGAGAUUCUAGAUGUACCCUUACCGUGCACAUACCUUCUGUACAAAGGCAGCCUUGCUCGGGUUUGA